GUGAGCGAGCGAGAGAGCGAGCGCGCGGUCGGGGAGCCGCGGAACGCCGUGCGCCUCCGCGACUCUACUACGGCGAGCUAGUCCGGACGGGUCGCCGUCCCCGCCCGCCGCGGACCUUUGGCGGAUAGACAGGGGGCGCGCCCGGCUUCCCCAGCUUCGCCUCCGAAGCCUCCGGACCGCAGCGCCGCACCAGCCUUGGGCGGAGCAGGGCGGGGUCUAGCCUGGCUCCGCCUCCGCGGAAGGAUACACGCCGCCUCGGUCCAAAACCCCGGGGCGAGGCGGCCGGGGCGUGUGAGCAGCUCGGCCUGCUGCCCGUUUGCGAGGUUUUGCGCGGCCACCGGGCGACUGCGCCGCGCGGCCGCCUAGCCGACUGCUCGGCCUCGGGCUCGCCGGUUGCGUCCCGCUGUCUGCGGCCGGGGAGGUCGCUCUCCUGCGUCCGCGCCGGCCGGGCCAGAGGCGCCACCGAACGCGAGGCCGCCCGCGAUGCUGCUUUCCAAGUUCGGCUCACUGGCGCAUCUCUGCGGGCCCGGCGGCGUGGACCACCUCCCGGUGAAGAUCUUGCAGCCAGCCAAGGCGGACAAGGAGAGCUUCGAGAAGCUGUAUCAGGUGGGCGCCGUGCUGGGUAGCGGCGGCUUCGGCACGGUCUACGCAGGCAGCCGCAUCGCCGACGGGCUCCCGGUGGCUGUGAAGCACGUGGUGAAGGAGCGGGUGACCGAGUGGGGCAGCCUGGGCGGCGUGGCCGUGCCGCUGGAGGUGGUGCUGCUGCGCAAGGUGGGCGCAGCGGGCGGCGCGCGCGGUGUCAUCCGCUUGCUGGACUGGUUCGAGCGGCCCGACGGCUUCCUGCUGGUGUUGGAGCGCCCCGAGCCGGCGCAGGACCUGUUCGACUUCAUCACGGAGCGGGGCGCCUUGGAGGAGCCGCUGGCGCGCCGCUUCUUCACGCAGGUGCUCGCCGCCGUGCGCCAUUGCCACAGCUGCGGGGUGGUGCACCGCGACAUCAAGGACGAGAACCUGCUGGUGGAUCUGCGCUCGGGCGAGCUGAAGCUCAUCGACUUCGGCUCGGGCGCGCUGCUCAAGGACACGGUCUACACUGACUUCGACGGCACCCGGGUGUACAGCCCCCCAGAGUGGAUCCGCUACCACCGCUACCACGGGCGCUCUGCCACGGUGUGGUCUCUGGGCGUGCUGCUCUAUGACAUGGUGUGUGGGGACAUCCCCUUCGAGCAGGACGAGGAGAUCUUGCGAGGCCGGCUGUUCUUCCGUAGGAGGGUCUCCCCAGAGUGCCAGCAGCUCAUUGAGUGGUGUCUGGCCCUGCGGCCCUCUGAGAGGCCCUCACUGGACCAAAUUGCAGCCCAUCCGUGGAUGCUGGGGACAGAGGGGAGUGUUCCAGAGAGCUGUGACCUUCGGCUGUGUGCUCUGGAUGCUGAUGACGGAGCCAGCACUACAUCCAGCAGUGAGAGCUUGUGAGGAAGAACCUGGGCUCCACACUGGGGUCCUAGGUUUGAUCUGGCCAGCCCCCUUCCAAUAAGGACAUUCUCUGCCUGGGAUGUCUCCUGCAAAAGCAGUGACCUCUGACCCCUGGUGACCUUUACUCUUGGCACCGGGCCUGAUUCCUUUGCUUUGAGUGCCUUUUUGAACGCUGCUCCACAGGGCCUGGGUUUUCUUGAGCUCUUCUGUCCAAAGACGGCUGCGGGCAAAGCGAGGUCCCGCCUGCCCUGGGUGGAUACUUGAACCAGAGACCCCCUACCCUGCUGCUCCAUCUUGGAGACAGCCUUCCUGAGACCAACUGUGUCUGACUUGGGAGCACCCAUGUGGUGCCCACCUCCACCCUCCAGUCUCAUAGCGUCUGUCUGGGCAUGUCUGCGCACAAGCAAUGCAACGGCUGGGCCACUGCUGCCCAUCUGCCACCCCGUCGCACCCCAGUCGCGCUACCUGCGUGAGCCAGUGUCUCUUAUUUAUGGUGUGACCACCCUGGAGGGCGCCCCUGCCCUGCUGGGGCUAUUUAUUGUUUAAUUUAUUUCUUGAGGUUCCUUCCUCCAGGCCCCUGGGGUGUAGGAAGGGGCAAAGGAGGGAGUGCAGCCUACAGACCCCCAUCCUGAUUCCUGCACCUGAGUAGGUCCCCAGCUCAUGUGUCUGUGGGAGGAAGAACUUGUACAGUGGCUAAUUUAAGGGGAGUGGGCACUCUGCACUGGGCUGGGCUUUAAAUUAUUGACCUUGUACAGUUUGCUUGCUGGCUCUGGAAGCUGGGGUAGGGGACAGAGUCUCAAGCCCUUAAUUUAUUUUAGCAGCUGUGUCUCUGUGACCCUGGUGUAAGUAGGCAUCAGGGGUGGGGUUGUUUCAGUUCAAAAGUGUGAGAUGUCUGGAGAUCAUAUUUUUUAUACAGGUAUUUCAAUUAAAUUUUUUGGUAUAUAAUGGA